CAUCCGUUAGCUAGCUACGUUGUUUCCCUCCAUCAACAUUGAGCAGAGUCGUAAAGUCAGAUAGUUAAUGUCCAAAACCGACAGCAACGGACUCAAGUUGGCCAUAGAAACCGAGUCGUUCGAGUGAAGAACUGUUUACCGGACGUUUGGGAAAGGAAACGCUGCAGAAUAAACGACACAUGCAGGCUCUUUAGCAGUGCAAGAUGUUCAACAAAUCUUUUGGAGCACCCUUUGGGGGAGGGACUGGAGGAUUUGGGGCUUCUUCGACAUUUGGGCAGCAAAAUACUGGGUUUGGAACAACAGGUGGCUUUGGUUCUUCAGCAUUUGGUACAACAAACAACACAGGAGGAGGACUAUUUGGCACCACUCAGAAUAAACCUGGUGGCCUUUUUGGCUCAAACACUUUUAGUCAGCCUGUCACAUCUUCCACCAGUAGUGGAUUUGGGUUUGGUGCCACCAGUGGUACAUCAAAUAGCCUCUUUGGAAGCACCAACACGGGAGGUGGAGGACUGUUUUCCCAGCAGAACAAUGCAUUUGGCGCCAACAAACCUGCCACAUUUGGCAAUUUUGGUACCAGUACCAGUAGUGGUGGAUUAUUUGGGACAACCAACACAGCAUCCAACCCUUUUGGAGGAGCAUCAGGCUCUUUGUUUGGGUCGUCAAGUUUCACUGCUGCACCACCUGGCACAACAAUCAAAUUCAAUCCACCAACUGGGAGUGACACAAUGGUGAAGUCUGGUGUGACAGCAAGCAUCAACACCAAACACCAGUGCAUCACCGCCAUGAAGGAAUAUGAGAACAAAUCCUUAGAGGAAUUGAGAUUUGAGGAUUACCAGGCAGGGAGGAAGGGGCCUUCCAACCCCAUGGCAGCUGGAACAGGUGGUCUCUUUGGAGCGGCAGCCACAGCCGCUCCCAGCACUGGUACCGGACUCUUUGGCUCUUCCGCUCCAAACACUGGCUUCAGCUUUGGCCAGAACAAGACCACCUUUGGCACCAGCUCCUCAAAAGAUGAUAUGUCCGCCUCUGAGCUUUCACCUUCCUGCUGUACUGUCUGGCCCUCCUCUACCUCAUCACUUGACAGCUCUAAAUCUGAAUACCCUUCCACAAUUCUGAGUAAAAUCCUUUCUGCCUCACUCAGCCCUCUGCUUCCUCAAGAAUGGAAAACAGGAGUUUGCACAGGAGCCUUUAGCACAACCACAGGAGGGUUGUUUGGCCAGCCGCCGCAGCAGCAACAACAGCAGCAAGGUUCCAGUCUCUUCAAACCAUUCGGUUCUGCCACCACCACCCAGAACACUGGUUUCUCCUUUGGCAACACCAAUACCAUGGGCCAGCCCAAUACCAGCAGCAUGGGUCUGUUUGGCAACACAGCUCCCUCACAGGCUGGAGGACUCUUUGGAAACACUAAUACAAGUACCGCCACCGGCUUUGGCACAGGCACAGGACUUUUUGGUCAACCUAACGCCGGCUUUGGGAAUGUGGGUACACAGAACCUUUUUGGUAAUAAGCCUGCUGGCUUUGGCACCACCACCACUAGUGCACCACCCUUUGGCACAGGCACUGGUCUCUUUGGAAAUAAGCCUACACUCACUCUAGGAACUAACACAAACACCUCUACCAUUGGCUUUGGUGCAACUGGUACUGGUGGGAGUCUUUUUGGUAACAAAACUGCUGCAACAGGCCUGGGAACAGGAUUGGGAACAUUCUUUGGGGGAGCUGUAGGAACUGGGCAGACGUCAUUGUUUGGAAACAAUCAGAACAAGCUAGGCUCCACCCUGGGGUCAGUGAGUACAUUUGGGACUGGAUGUUUCAACACUGGAGCCAGCACUCUGAAUUUUGGUGCUCCUCAACAGCCUGUGGCUCUGACUGACCAGAGUGCAGCAGCUGCUCAACAGGCUGUCCUUCAACAGCAGAUCAGUGCAUUGGCCUACUCGCCUUUUGGGGAUUCGCCUCUAUUCAGAAAUCCACUGUCUGACCCCAAGAAGAAAGAAGAGCGUCUGAAGCCCACAAAUCCAGCUGCUCAGAAAGCCCUGACGACCCCGACCCAAUACAAACUGACCCCUCGUCCUGCCACACGUGUGUGUCCCAAAGCUCUCUCCUCCUCGGGCUCCUCCAAAUCUCAGCUUUUUGAUGGACUUGAUGAUGAUGAUGAACCAUCUUUCAACAAUGGGGCCUUCAUGCCUAGGAAGAGCAUAAAGAAGCUUGUGUUGAAGAAUCUCAACAACAGCAGUCUGUAUAACAAUUCUGUAAAUAGAGAGACUGAUGACUUGGCUUCCCCUUCAGAGUAUCCACAGAAUGGACUCUGUUUGAGUGUGGAUGGAGAGACCAGAGAAGUGACAGUGGAUAGAAGUGUGAAGGACGAUCUGGAGGUCUCAAAGUUUUAUACCAACCCAAUCACCAAACCUGUUCCACAUGCCCAGCCAAGCCUCUUACUACAGGACACCAUCACUGAGUUUAACAUGCGGGGAGCUUCCAGGUAUCGCAGUGGCCUGGAGGCCAACAGUGAGGAGAUCUCUCUGGUAGAGGAUUCCAUUCAAGAGGAGAGAGAUGAGGAACUGGAGGCUCGGAGACCUCCUCACCCUGCUGGUAUAGUUCUUGGCCGUGUGGGCUAUUAUACCAUCCCAACCAUGGAAGAAUUGGGAAAGACGUUGAAUGAAAAUGGAGAAUGUAUUGUGGAGAACUUCACAGUUGGCAGGAAAGGCUACGGGUCCGUUUUCUUCCCUGGUGAGGUGAACCUUACCAACAUGAACCUGGAUGACAUUGUGUACUUCAGACGCAAGGAGAUAAUUGUGUACCCCGAUGACAAAGACAAGCCUCCUGUGGGAGAAGGCCUCAACAGACGAGCAGAGGUCACUUUAGACGGUGUGUGGCCCAAUGACAAGACAACAUGCUGUCAGAUCAAGAGUCCCGAGAGGUUGAUUGAGAUGAAUUAUGAGGGCCGACUGGAGGCUGCCUCACGUAAACAGGGUGCUCGCUUCCUGGAGUACCGGCCCGAAACUGGCUCUUGGGUGUUUGAGGUGGCCCACUUUUCAAAGUAUGGCCUACAGGAAUCAGAUGAAGAAGAGGAAGUUCCCCCGUCUAAGGUCGACCUGAAGAAGUUGAAGACGGGCAUUCCCUCUGGGAUCCAGCAGCUUCCACUGACCCAGCAGCAGAUGCCGCCAAAGGCUCAGAGUACUGCAGUUCUUGAGCUGCUCAGCCAUGUGUCGGAGUUGGACAGCGACAUGGCUGACAUUACUCAAGAACUCCCAGUGGACAGUGUUUUGGGUGAGGAGGAUGGAGAGAGAACUUCAUUCGAUGAGAACAAACUGAGAGCUGAGACUCCUGCUGAACACGAGCCGGUUUCUGCCUCCAGUCAAAUCGCUUCUUCAAUGGGCAUCAACCCUCAUACCCUACAGAUCAUGAAGGCCUCUCUGUUUACAGAGGAUGAUGAGUGUGACCCGUUUCAAGAAAAUGGCUCCUCAAAGCUCUUAAAGGAUGUGGCCUCCCCGAAAGUCCUGCUUUCUGGAAUUGGCCGCGCAUCAAUUGGAGGCUUGCUACAGGCCAAGUUCACCUCAGGAGGAGGACUCUUUUCUCAAUUGCCCGAGGCUCCUUUUGGUGUAAUGCCUCAGAAGCUUGGUAAAACACUAGUGUCUGAAGCCCCAUGGCCAUCAUUGGGCCCCUCCUUCCUGUUGCCGCCCCCUCCCCCAGAACCUACUCUACGGACUGUGGGGGCCCGCAGGCUAGGGGGGCCUGUCCCUCUGGAGAGCUCUAUAACUGUGGGCAAAGGCCGUCUGCUGAUGGAUGCUGCUCUCUUUAAAGGCCGGUCUUUUAGAGUGGGCUGGGGGCCCAAUUGGACAUUGGUGCACUGUGGAGAUCAAAUUAGCAUCACCGAAGCCAUGAAGGAGCAGGCAGCGGAGAGCAUGGGACUUGGCUUCUUACCCAAACCAACUAAGAGCAAACCGAUCACUGAAAGUCUAUUUAAAGUGCUUGUGGAGCAGGCUGUGGGCCUAGAACUCAAGGAAUCAGCAGAGAGCCUGGCUCUAUACCACAGACCACUGGAGAUCGGUCUGAAGCAUAGCACAAUCAACACUGAUGACCCUUGUCCCUAUAUUCAGCCAGCAAGAGGAGUGGAUGCUUUGCAUGAGUAUGCCGAGUGGAUUGUGGAGGUCAACAAAGAUACAGGAGCAGGAGAUGCUGUCUUAGCUCACUGGCGGCAGGUUUGGACUCUGUGUACUGCUUUGUGGGGUCGUUUGAGUGACCAGGAGGUGGAGUCUGAGCAAAAUUCAGACUACCAGCAGCAGCUUGAGCGGCGUAGGAGCUUCUCGCACUGGCUGUCUGAGAGCGCAGCCGAGUGCAUUGAGGAGGAGGUGGGCUUGGCACUGCAGCGCAACCAUGCUAAGGCAGUAUUCAGUUACCUUACUGGCCACUGCAUUAGUAAGGCUUGCGAACUGGCCCAGAAGAGUGGGGACCAUCGGCUUUCUCUAAUUCUGUCUCAGGCUGUGGGCUCUCAGUAUUGUAGAGAUCUUUUGGCUCUACAGCUCAGUGACUGGAACAGGAUGCAGACCGACUCCUUCAUAGAAGAAGAGAGAUUACGAAUUUUCGCUCUGCUUGCAGGCAAGCCAGUGUGGCAGUCAACAGACUGCUGUGUAAACGUUUGCUCUGAACUCGAUUGGAAGCGGUGUGUUGCUGUUCAUCUUUGGUACAUGCUGCCUCCCACUGCUUCUGUAGCCGAUGCUCUAGCCAAAUAUGAAGCUGCCUUUCAGGGCUCAGAGGAAGGGAUAAAGUAUGCUUGCCAUCCUUUACCUCCCUAUGUAGAUGAAAUUGAGUUGUUGGGUUUGGAUGAAGAAAUGGAGGAGAACGUAUCCAAAAAGCAGCUCUACAAUAUCUGCUUCCACUUGCUCAAACUUUACAGCGAUAGGCACUACAGCCUACAACAGCUACUAGAUCCCAGCACAGUAACGAUCGAUCGUCUGGAUUACCGGCUAAGCUGGCACCUGUGGAACGUGUUGCAGGCUCUGAACUACAACCACUUGUCCACCUCAUGCCAGGGCUUGCUGCACACAAGCUAUGCCGCCCAGCUGGAGAGUGCUGGACUAUGGGAGAUGGCUAUAUUUGUGCUGCUACACAUACCUGACUCUGGACGUAGAGAAAGUGCCGUGCGAGAGAUGCUCAACUUACAUUGUUCCCUGGAGGGGACAGAAGAGUCAAUGGAGAAGGAGCGAUUUCUUACUGAAAAGUUGCUCAUCCCCAUCCAGUGGAUCCAUCAGGCCAAGGCCAUCCGUGCCUGCAGAGAGGGAGACAAACACAGAGAAGCCUUGCAUCUUUAUAGGGCCGGCCACUGGAAUCACUGCCAUCAGCUAGUCAUCCAGCACCUGGCCUCAGAUUGCAUCAUUAAUGAUAAUCAUAAGUAUCUCCUUGAGUUCCUGGAGGGGUUGGCAGUGCCAGAGCGCAGUGUACAGAUUCAGGGCUGGGCCACAUCUGGUCGUGUCUACCUGGAUUACAUCCAUGUCAUCCAGACUUUGCAAGACAUCCAACAGACUGAGAGCCCAGGUUAUGAGCUGGAGCGAUUACAUACAGAGGUGACGUCUCUGUGUGGUAGGAUAGAGCUCCUCCCUGGCUCCAAAGCAAAAGACAGACUUUCCCAGUCAGAGAUGGCCAAACGUGUGGCUAACAUCCUCCGGGUGGUAUCGAGUCUACAGCAGGGUGGUGAAGGCACCACAGACCCUCGCCACAUCCCUCUUUGCCAGCUCGCCCCACACAUUGGACGUCUCCCCAUGCCGGAGGACUACGCUUUAGAGGAACUCCGCAGCCUUACUCAGUCUUACCUGCAAGAGUUUGUUGUCAGUCACUGAAUAUCAAGACAUGGACAAAGUUUCUUAAUCAGUUCUGCAGGGCUAUUAUGAGUCUUGAGUUUGAUUGUCUUUCUGAACUCAAGUUAUAUGGCUGUUUCAGGCCAUGGUUGAAAGAUUGAUGCAUAUUUAGGCACAAAACUUGUAAAUAAAGCAUUCCCUUGUGUAUUUUUUCAUUAAAAUCCAGUUUUUGUAGUCAUAGACGUGAUUUAUGUGAGUGUGUCUUUGAUAAUUAAAGUAUCUUUUGAAUA